CUCAUCUUCUUUUCAUUACUCGAUUUGAAUUUGUUUAUUUUUUUAUCAUAUCAAAAUCUCAACUCGUUCCAUUCCAUUAAAAAUGCAAGUUUAUUGCUGAAACAUCGACUUUCUCCGACUGCAUUUCUAUGCAUGAAGUGCACACGAUGACCAGACAAUAACUUCUGCCGCCGACGUUCUUGUCCAGCAUCGAUGAAUCAUGGUUCCGAGCCGAGGAUCUCCGUUCUCCAAAAUCGGCUACUUGCCGCUGAACGAAAAGGACGUCGGCCGCCAAAAGCAACGGAGUAUCAUUUUCUGCAUGGUGCCCUUUGAGAGUCUGGCCAAAAUCACCGUUGCUCUGCCCCUCUUGGCAUUUAUAUUUUGUAUAGUCUGGUCAGUUUUAUUUCACUUCGAAACCACCGUUUCCACACAUUGCAAGGUUUCAAAUUGGCUACCAUCCAUAUCUGCCGCUAUUGGCAAUGAAAGUCCACAAAAAUAUGUCUGGAUGUUUUUUAUCGCACUUCACGCGCCCACCAGGUUCCUUGUCGUAUGGAUGUAUGUAGAGUACUUCUGGAAAGUGCUGCACGGAGAUAUCCUCUGGCUGGCCGGGCUUACUUGUUUACUAAACUUCAUCGAAAAUGUUGCUUUAUUGGGCUUGACGUUCUUCACUUCAGCAGAACAUUACCCCAUCCAUGAAAAAUGCUUCAUUACAUUCAUUGCUACUUCGGAGCUCUACAUGAUUCUCAGUAGCUACCUUUUGUCUAGAAGAAGGUCCAGACCCACAAAUAAUAUCGAAGGUAGAUCUUUGAGUUUGAAAGUGAAACUGCUCAUCGUAAACGUGACGUCCUUUAUGAUCGCCGGCUACUUUUUCGUUCGGCACAAUAACUAUUGUGAACCAUAUGUGUACACCUUGUUUGCGCUUUUUGAGUACAUUGUGGUUGUGACCAACAUGGGCUACCACAUGACUGCCUCGUACGAUUUGUUCGACCGGGUGCUCCAUGUUGGCUGCCCAUCUUAUGUAACUUGACACAGACAAUAACUUAGGCAAGACCUUUCAAUCGCCUGUAUCUUUAUCCCCACGACUAAGAUUAAUAAUGAAUGUCAUGUCCACAGAUGGCUGAACGAGACACACAUAUUUUGUUACACAUCCGCUUUUGUUACGAAAUAAAAAAGUAUUAGUGUUAAGCUU